UGGUUUGCGAAUUCGCGAGAAAACUCAAGGAAAUCUUUGUUAGUCGGUCCGCUUCUUUUUGUAGAUGAAAUAUUAAACUUGUCGCAUUUUACGAACUCAAACGUGUUUAUUGUGUUUUUGUAAAUGGACUAUAAAAUCGAGUUUUGUUUUCGAUAUAACUUUGGCUGCGAAUAAACACAAAUUGUUUAAUUUACAAUGUGAAAUCUACGGACUGACGAGUAAUAAUGACAUCAAACAUUUAACACUACCAUCGAUACCAAAAGACGCAUCAUGUCUUCAGUCGGGCAGCUAGUACCACCUGUGACACGGGGUCCUCCCAACAUGACAUACAAAUUCAAUGGGCCCCAUAUAGAAGGCUCAUUCUGCACUUCUAUAGAUACCAAUUAUGAUCCAAUUAUAAGCGUUAUAUGCGCGAUGUAUAUCGUUUUUGGUAUUGUUUACUCUCUUUUCGGUUAUCGAUGUUUUAAAGCAAGCAUGUUUUUGACUGGAUUCACAUUUGGUACUGCUGUUGUAUAUCUCAUCUGUCUUCAAGAGUACUUGAUGCCACCUUAUGGGAACGUCGGUGUGGCGCUAUGUGCCGGUCUUUUGUUCGGGCUCAUAACAAUGCUGAUCCAGUACGUCGGUCUGUUCAUGACGGGAUUCCACACGGGACUGCUGCUCGCGGUCGCCGGCCUCGCGAUAUAUGACCACUUCCUCGACCACAGACCCAAUACGUACUGGCUUUGCGUGGUAGUAUUGCUUUUAACUGGAAUAUGCUUUGCAGUUUUCAACCUGUACUGGAAGAAAGUUCUAACAAUAUUCGGUACUAGUGUGUACGGAGGUGCGGUUAUAGCCACUUCUCUGGAUUACUUCAUUGAACGAAUGGUGAUGUUAAAAUGGGUAUGGGAACGUGCAAAACUAGAGCCAGCUAUUCCGCCACCGUGUACCAUCUCCUGGCUGACGUUGGCCGCUUGGCCCACGGUGGCCAUAGUUGGCUUCACCGCACAGUGCGCUCUCACCGCCACGGGGAUAUACCAUGAAGAGAGUAUAAGCGCCCAAAAGCGUCGCCUUAAGGCGCAGCCGCCUCGCCCGGUGACGCGCGAGCAGCGCGCCGAGAUGAAGCAGCGCAAGUACCGCUACCUGUACCAGGUGCGGACGGCGCACGGUGACGUCAUAUCGCAGUCAUACGUGCAAGCGCUACAGAAGAAGGCACAAUGCGGCAACUGGGGCGGCAGCGCCGGCGGCGGCGAGUGUAGCACACUGCAGAGCGACUCCACGCAUCUCACUGUGCUCGCCGGCUCCGAGCACGCGCCGCCAACUGACUCGGACGAUGAUCUCAACCAGAUUCGCGCGCACUAGGUAUCUCAAAGACGUGCUCUUCAAGGGGAGUUACAUUUCUUUUCAUAAUUAUCCAGUAUUAUCCUAAGAGAAUUUCACUCUUAUAUUAUUACAUAAUUAUAUGUGUAGCUAUUAUAAUUAACCGCAUAUUCUUCGAUAUGAAUUUAUUAUUUGUAAGUUACGUGUAAGCUGUCGUAUUUAAAAUCUAUGAGAGGAUAGGUCGUUAGGUAAUAACAAUAUGAUUUCAAUAUAAACCUUCAGAUCUCGGUUGGACUUUUAAUUAUAAAGGCACUAAUUCAAGUCACUAAUUUUAAAUAAAAUUGGUUCAACUUGAAUAUAAUAGAAAAACUCAGUUAAUCGCCAAUACCUAGUAAUCUUUAAUUCAGACACUUGUAUAUGAUGAUGAUUUAUGAUAACAUAUUUUGGCGUUUUUAAGUUACUUACAUAUUGUACCUAACAACCUAUGUCUCUAGGUCUUAAAUUAUACUAUAACUAUUAAUUAUUCAUUCUCCAUCGAUCAUCUGUCCGAACAUUCGAGUAUUUUAUAUAUUAUGUAUUACACUGCAAAUACUGCCUAGAAUUUAGAUUAUACAUAUUUUUGUGACGAGGUGUUGUAACUCGAUUCAUCAAUUUUGUAUCGAUUUUUAAAUAUCCUUUUCUGUCUUCAUUUCGGAGUUAAAAAAAGGUCUUAAUUAUUCAUUGAGAUAAUAUUACUAUGGAGGAGACACCACGAACAAAAUCUGUGCGCAAUUUUUUUGCUCUAACUAAGAUUGAAAAUUAUUAUC